CCAACUGAGCUCCACACUUGAGUUUUCCUUCCGUCAACCCAAAAUCGUUUCUCUAGGGUUUUAGAGGUUAGCUCUCUCUGUAAUUUGAUUGAUUUGGGGUUUAGAGAGAGAUAGCCUAACAUUUUUUUUCUCUCUCCAUUUUCAUAUUCACAGAACCACUGUGUUUUAUUAUUUUUUCUCCUUUUUCAACUCUUAUUAUUGUUGUUAUUCAAUAGAAGAAGCGACAACUGAGCAACUACCAAAACAAUGGCGGCCCUUGCUCCUCCAACCACCGCUACUGCAAUUCUACCCGAGCCUGCCAUUCCAGAGAAGACCAAAGCAGAUGAGAAGGUCGAUUACUUCAAUCUUCCAUGCCCCAUUCCCUAUGAAGAGAUCCAUCGUGAAGCUCUCAUGUCGUUAAAGCCAGAACUUUUUGAGGGGAUGCGCUUUGAUUUUACCAAAGGGCUCAAUCAGAAGUUCUCACUCAGUCACAGUGUGUUCAUGGGUCCCACUGAGGUUCCUUCCCAGUCGGCGGAAACUAUCAAAAUCCCUACUGCUCACUACGAGUUUGGAGCCAACUUUAUAGACCCAAAGUUGAUGCUUUUUGGAAGAAUACUAACUGAUGGGAGGCUAAAUGCAAGAGUGAAAUGUGAUUUGACUGACAAUCUCAUUUUGAAGGCUAAUGCUCAGCUUACGAAUGAACCCCAUAUGUCGCAUGGUAUGCUCAAUUUUGAUUACAAGGGUAGUGACUUCAGGACACAAUUUCAGUUAGGGAAUGGAGCAUUAUUUGGGGCAAGUUACAUUCAGAGUGUGGCCCCACAUUUUUCUAUGGGUGGUGAAGUAUUUUGGGCUGGUCAGCAUCGGAAGUCCGGUAUUGGUUAUGCUGCUAGAUUCAACACAGACAAGAUGGUUGCCACAGGGCAGGUUGCUAGCACAGGAAUGGUUGCUCUGAGCUAUGUUCAGAAGAUAUCUGAGAAGGUUUCCCUAGCAUCAGACUUCAUGUACAACUACAUGUCACGAGAUGUCACAGCAAGUUUUGGUUAUGAUUAUAUCCUUCGACAGUGCCGCCUUAGAGGAAAAAUAGAUUCAAAUGGCUGCGUGGCCGCUUUCCUGGAAGAGCGAUUAAAUAUGGGUCUUAAUUUCAUUCUUUCUGCUGAGGUGAGGAUAAUUGAAUAUUUUCUUUGUCAUACAUUAUUUUCAAGGUUCCCUGAGAAUGGUAGAUUUUUACAAUUGCACAUAAUAACAGUUCUAUAUCGACCCAGGGCAGGCAAUUAGUGUUUAGAUAAUUCCAUUAACAAAAUGUUGUGGGUUUAUUAUGGUUUGCAGCUAGAUCACAGAAAGAAAGACUACAAGUUUGGGUUUGGAUUGACUGUUGGAGAAUAGAAUGGCUGGACCUAAUGGUGUUCUUUUUUCUAAUUUUUUUUUCCCGCCUUUUGGUGUCGCCAGCAACACAAGUUCUUCUGCCUUGAUUUUUCAUGUGUUGAGUUAGAUUCUAAGUUUGUACUUGUGUAAUUUUGGUAACAUUGUUUGUGGGCAGCAUUUGUUGCAGUUUCUCUGUUAGCAGCAGCAAAUCACGGAUUUUGCCUAUACAGUUGCAGAAUUUUAUUUUAGAAUAAUGCAAAUUGGAUUGUUUAGCGGCCA